CUUGACCAGAGUGUAUAGAAUACAUUAAGAUUUUGUGAGGUGGCAAAGGUAAACAUUUAAAUAAUCUUUAAUAUGUUUUUUUUUUAAUGAAUUUUAUUGAUGUAAAGAAAUUAACUUAAAUCAGAGUGAAGACUUGAUAUGGGGCCAACAUAACGCUGGAUCCAUCCCUGAAGCAGAGCCAUAUCGACCGUAGGUGCGUCUCACAUGUUUUAAGGUACCAUGGUACCAGAAAGUCGGCUCAGGAAAGGCAGCUUAUUAACGGCUGACGCGUGUUCAAAUUCAGUCCAAGAAAGAGACUGUAAAGAAGUUAGCAAUAGUGACCAAACUGAAGGCACCAAAAUGCAGAAAAGAGGUGAGGUUAAUAAAACCCUAAAAUAUGUAAGUUUGUUAACACUUACUUUACAAAAUGCUAUUGUUGGGCUUAGUAUGAGAUAUAGUAGAACCAGAGAUGGAGAUAUGUUUAUUUCAUCGACAGCUGUGCUGAUGUCAGAAGUAGUUAAACUCAUAACCUGCUUAGCAUUGGUUUACCUUGAAGCAAAAAGUGUAGUGGGUCUACUAGAUACUCUUUAUAAACAAAUCAUCCAACAACCCAUUGACACACUUAAAGUUUGUGUACCUUCUUUUGUAUAUUUAGUACAAAAUAAUCUUUUGUAUGUCUCAUCUUCUCAUUUGGAUGCUGCCACAUAUCAGGUAACAUACCAACUGAAAAUCCUUACUACAGCCUUGUUUUCAGUAUUCAUUUUGAAGAGGAGCCUAUUAAAAACCCAGUGGCUGUCAUUGCUAACUCUAAUUAUUGGAGUGGUUCUGGUACAGUUAGCACAAGGACAUGAACAAGCUAUUUCUAAAAAUGCUGAGGAACAAAAUAGAUUAAUUGGUUUCAUGGCAGCCUUAACAGCCUGUGCCCUUUCAGGAUUCGCCGGGGUUUAUUUUGAAAAAAUCCUAAAAGGCAGUGAUGUAACAGUCUGGAUGCGUAACGUGCAACUCUCCCUUUGUUCCAUCCCAUUGGGUCUUGUAUCCUGCUACGCCUAUGACGGAUCCUCCAUCUCUGAAAAAGGUUUCUUUUUCGGUUACGAUAAAUUUGUAAACUAUUUGGUAGUCUUAAACGCUUGCGGAGGAUUGAUUGUAGCUGUCGUGGUUAAAUACGCAGAUAAUAUCCUUAAAGGAUUCGCGACUUCGUUGGCCAUAAUAUUUUCCUGUUUGGGUUCGAUUUACUUAUUUGAUUUUCAAUUGAGCGGUCAGUUUGUGUUCGGGGCAGCGUUUGUUAUUUUCUCGAUAUUUUUGUACGGGUACCAGCCGAAGAAACCCGAUGUUUCGGCGACGUAUAAGGUAUAAUAGUUACUAAAAUCGUUAUAGUAUAGAAAAGAUUGGUUUUUUACUUGUGAACUAUAUGCAAUAGUGACAUAGUGUUCUAAUUGCUAUUUUAUACGAUAAACCUAAGGAAGAUUGAAUAAAAGUAAAUGGGGUGUCCAAUCUAAAAUAUUAAAUACUAAAACGUAUUAUU